UGUGUGGGAGGGAGGAAAGUUGUUUUGCUGUUGUUGCUUCAUUACUUGUGUUCUGUGUUGCUCUGCAGGACGAAGCGUUGCAGCAGAGCUGAAUUCGCUCCAGGCGUGUCACCUUGUGCCCGGGAACCCUGCUCCUGAUUGCUGGAAGAAGGCGCAAGUCAAAAGCUGAGGGGAGAUGUCGUUUGCCGGUGUUUACUCACUGGAUGCUGUGACUUUUGUGCUUCUCUGCGCCCUCGUCGCGUUGUUUCUCGUUUAUUUUCGCGCAGGGUCUAAAUCUCCUGCAGAGACCAACUUCCCCCCGGGGCCCACUCCCCUACCGAUCAUCGGGAACCUGCACCUCCUGGAUCUAAAGAAGCCCCAUCAAAGUCUCAUGGAGCUGUCUGAGAAAUAUGGUCCGAUCUUCAGCAUCAAGCUCGGGACAAUGAGAGUGGUGGUCCUGACUGGUUACGAGACAGUGAAGGAUGCUCUUACCAACCAUCCAGAUGAAUUUGAAGGAAGACCUCACAUCCCGAUAUUUGAUGAUUUAACACACGGUUAUGGGAUCCUAUUUGCUUGUGGGGAAUCCUGGAAGCAGAUGCGAAGGUUCACCAUGUCCACCCUACGGGACUUUGGGAUGGGCAAGAAAACUGUAGAAGAUAAAAUCAUUGAAGAAGCCGAGUUCCUGAUAAAAUUGUUUGAAUCCAGUAAAGGCCAAGAAUUUAAUCCAACCAUUCAAUUAAAUGCUGCCGUGGCCAAUAUCAUCUGUUCCAUAGUUUUUGGUGACAGAUUUGAAUACGAUGAUGAAAGGUUCAUCACUUUAGUGAAGAGAGUGAAUGAGAACAUUCAGCUUGCUGGUUCUCCUAUGGUUCAGCUUUAUAAUGCAUUUCCCAUACUGGGAUUUCUUCCUGGUUCACGCAAGAAAAUAUUGGAAAAUAGAAAAUCAAUGUGUGAGUUUGUCAAAAACUUUAUAAAUGAAAGCAGACAGACACUGGACGCAAAUGUUCCAAGGAGCUUUAUUGAUGUGUUCAUAUUAAAGCAGCAGCAGGAAUCAGGUAACCCAAAUACAUACUUCCAUGAAAACAACAUGAUAUUCACAGUGACCAACCUGUUUGGUGCUGGGAUGGAGACAACUUCGACCACCCUUCGUUGGGCUUUGCUAUUGAUGAUGAAAUAUCCACAGAUUCAGGAAAAAGUCCACGAAGAAAUCACUACCGUGAUUGGUUCAGAGCGGUUUCCCAGAACCGGAGAUCGAAAAAAUUUGCCGUACACCGAUGCUGUGAUCCACGAAAUCCAGAGGUUUGCUAACAUUUUGCCAUUGAGCAUCAUGCACUCAAUAACAGAGGACGUGAAUUUCAAAGGAUAUUUCCUGCCAAAGGGCACACCAGUGAUCCCUUUGCUAACCUCCGUGCUGUAUGACAAAACUCAAUGGGAAAACCCAAAUGACUUCAACCCUUCCAACUUUCUGGAUGCUGAUGGGAAGUUUGUGAACAAAGAUGCCUUUUCUCCUUUUUCUAUGGGUUGGGAAGAACAUCUCCUCCACAAUCAGCAACAGGAAUGGUGCAACACCAGGCUGUGUCCUUUAGGAGGUACAGGAGCAUUAAGUACCACACCACCAAGAUCAGAAACAACUACUACCCUCUCACCAGCUUUGGAACCAGCACGGAUAACUUCACCCAUCUCAACUGAACUGAUUCCACAACCUAUGGACUCGCUUUCGAGGACUCUACAACCCAUGUUCUGGCCCAGGACCAAGCCCACCAGGAGAUCCUCCUCACGCCCCGCCCCCUUCCGAACUGGGUGCCCGUAUGAGGAGCGCGGGACUAAAGUGCAGCCAGAACCUCAGCCGCAGCCCCUUGAGAAACUGAAAGAGGGUCUGCAACCUCUCACAUUCUGUAAACCGCAAGUCAAAAGCUGCGGGGAGAUGUCGUUCUCCGGUGUUUACUCACUGGAUGCCGUUACUUUUGUGCUUCUCUGCGCCCUCGUCGCGUUGUUUCUCGUUUAUUUUCGCGCAGGGUCUAAAUCUCCUGGAGAGCUCAAUUUUCCCCCGGGGCCCACUCCCCUACCGAUCAUCGGGAACCUGCACCUCCUGGAUCUAAAGAAGCCCCACCAAAGUCUCAUGGAGCUGUCUGAGAAAUAUGGUCCGAUCUUCAGCAUCAAGCUCGGGACAAUGAGAGUGGUGGUCCUGACUGGUUACGAGACAGUGAAGGAUGCUCUUAUCAACCAUCCAGAUGAAUUUGGAGGAAGACCUCACAUCCCGAUAUUUGAUGAUUUAACACACGGUUAUGGGAUCCUAUUUGCUUGUGGGGAAUCCUGGAAGCAGAUGCGAAGGUUCACCAUGUCCACCCUACGGGACUUUGGGAUGGGCAAGAAAACUGUAGAAGAUAAAAUCAUUGAAGAAGCCCAUUUCCUGAUAAAAUUGCUUGAAUCCUGCAAAGGCCAAGAAUUUAAUCCAACCAUUCAGUUAAAUGCUGCCGUGGCCAAUAUCAUCUGUUCCAUAGUUUUUGGGGACAGAUUUGAAUACGAUGAUGAAAGGUUCGUCACUUUAGUGAAGAGAGUAAAUAAGAACAUUCAGCUUGCUGGUUCUCCUAUGGUUCAGCUUUAUAAUGCAUUUCCCAUACUGGGAUUUCUUCCUGGUUCACACAAGAAAAUAUUGAAAAAUGGAAAAUUAACGUCUCAGUUUGUCAAAAACUUCAUAAAUGAAAGCUGUCAGACACUGGAUGUAAAUGUUCCAAGGAGCUUUAUUGAUGUGUUCAUAUUAAAACAGCAGCAGGAAUCAGGAAACCCAGAUACAUAUUUCCAUGAAAACAACCUGAUAUUCACAGUGACCAACCUGUUUGCUGCUGGGAUGGAGACAACUUCGACCACCCUUCGUUGGGCUAUGCUAUUGAUGAUGAAAUAUCCACAGAUUCAGGAGAAAGUGCACGAUGAAAUCACCACAGUGAUUGGUUCUGAGCGGUUUCCCAGAACUGGAGAUCGGAAAAAUUUGCCGUACACCGAUGCAGUGAUCCACGAAAUCCAGAGGUUUGCUAACGUUUUGCCAUUGAACCUCAUGCACUCAACAACAGAGGAUGUGAACUUCAAAGGAUAUUUCCUGCCAAAGGGCACGCCAGUGAUCCCUUUGCUAACCUCGGUGCUGUAUGACAAAACUCAAUGGGAAAACCCAAAUGACUUCAACCCUUCCAACUUUCUGGAUGCUGAUGGGAAGUUUGUGAAGAGAGAUGCCUUUACUCCUUUUUCUAUGGGACGCAGGGCCUGUGCGGGGGAGAGUCUGGCCAGGAUGGAGCUUUUUCUGUUCUUUACCAUCCUGAUGCAAAGGUUCAGGUUUCAAGUCCCGCCAAACAUUACCAAUCUGGAGCUUACGUCUGGUGUGGGUUUCACCUCAUUCCCAAAGUACCAGAACGUGUGUGCAGUCCGUCGCUGA